AUGAUCUCAAACUCGUCCCUAGACGGAUCAGGCGGUGCUCAUUCUUCAUACAUGGAGGAAUCAAAAUUCCUCAAACGCAAUCGUGUCCUUUACUUUGCACGACUUGGUCUAUCCUUUUCAAUCUUCGGCGUUGCUAUUGCCGUCGUCGCGUGCGAAGCCCCACCCUUGCGACAUUAUAAGAACACCUCCCAGUGGGCGAGUGCCGGCCUCGCACUGUGGCCUUUGAACUUUGAUCUUCGUCCAACAACCGCCGCCAUUUCAUGUGGCUGUAUAAUCACCAUCUUGAACUUGGUGUACAUCGCCCUUACCCUCCUACCAUCUCCGCAUUCUGGUAUCAAGUCACUUAACAACUAUGCCUCAGCUUCAGCCGUUGCAGGUUUUGUAACUGCCCUGGCCGGCAUACUGUUCAUAAUAUACCCGCCGUCCUCCGAUUACCCAGCAGGGUUCAACAAGAAGGAAACCCUCCACAGCUGGACCUGCAAGUGGAAAAACGGGACGAGCAGCAUUAAUACACCCCGCCACUUCGAUCGUGACUGUAUCAAUACUCGUGCUGGCUUUGUGCUGCUGUGCGUACUUGUUGGAAUGGAGGUGCUGAUGGGCCUCGUUGCUGCUGUUGGUACGUGGUUCCAACGGGAUAUCUCUCGUCAUCGGGCAGAGCAGUUCCAACUCGAGAAGUUGGAGAUUGCUACUAAGCAGGUGUAUCGCAAUUGA